AUGUUGCAUGCAGCGGCGCCCGCCAUUGAGCAAUUCGCUCAAUAUACACACAAUCAGCGCUCAGCGAGCCGCAGCCAGGUCACUCUCCCGGCAGAGGAUGUGGAGGAGCUCAAACUCUGGCUACAUGAUGUGGAGCGCAACCCGAACGUGAAGAAGGCGACAAAGUCUCCCAUCGACAUGCUCAAGGCACCGGAGCGGGCUGGCACUGUCGCUGUCCGGUAUUGGCGAUUUAGGACCGGCGCUGCAACUAACAUCUCGCUCGACGAGAUUGUGGAGCUGGUGGUGGCACGGCGCAACGAUCCGGCGCUAAAACCGCCAAAGGAGAUCCUCUUCCAUCGCGGGCUCCUCGCGAUCUUUCAGGCGGCGGCUUUGGGGCAGACCGACGUCCGCUUCGAAGUGGAAGACUUUGCGCAGGAGAACAAGGCACGAGAGGAUGUGCGGACGUUCGCCACCCUUCGGAGGCCUCCGUCCCCGGUCCAGCGGUCGUGCAACCCGAACGAAAACAAGAGGACGUGGCACUGCUCGAACGUGAUCGACCAGACGGGCAUUAGCCAGAACAAGGAGGCGCUUUCAAAGGUUUGGAAGUGUAUUCGAGUGCACAUGCCUGACGAGAUGGAGGAGCAGUCGAGUAUUGUGGGGACGAUCAGCAGCCGCUUUGAGUUGUUAUUCUUUGCGGAGUUCGAGGUCAGGAGGCGGCACGAUGGGUCCUUCGAGCUUUCUGCGGUGUACCUGGCCCCGUGCCCCCCCCGCUCCCAGUUGAGCGCGGGAGGUGAUUGCCUCUGGCUCGUGCCAGACCUGGACGCCAGGCUGCUGGCGCUGGAGUACGUCAAGAAGGACGAGCGCACCCUCGCUGCGGUGCUUCCGCCGGAGCCGCUGGAGGGCUUCACCGCGGCCGUCAGCUACGCCGACCACAUAGCGGAGACGCACAACAUCGCAGUGGCCACGCUUCAGCUGCACCCGGGCACGUUCUCCAACUUCGAGGACGGCGGUUUUUCGACCUCCAGUCAGGCGGACCCGAUCGACCUCGACGACUCACGGGCGUUCCAUGGCCCGAACUCCGUCGUCCUGCGCCCACUGGGAGCGAACUACGUGGUCAAGAUUGCCGACCUCGACAAGAUCAUGAGGGAGGUCGAGCUGCACCGCGCCAUCGACACCUGCAACUGCCGCUACCUCCGCAAGGCGCUGCUCGACCUGUCGGGGAAGGUCGAAGGAGCUGGGCCGGGGCUGGCAGGCAUCGUCCUUGAGGGUUUUCUCCACCGAAAAAUCAACGCCAACGACUGCGCGGUGGACGGGGGGAAGCUUGGCAUCAUGUACUUUGGCCACGUGGAGGCGGCUCUGGCGGUGCUGCAUGGACUCCCCGUCCACCACCGGGACGUUAAGCCGUCCAACAUCCUUCUCUCGCAAGAUGACGAUCCCCGCAACCGCAUCGCCAUCCUCAAUGACUUCGGUGAAAGCUGCUGGGGCGACGAGUUUGUGAAGGGUGGCUACUGCAGGCGGCGCUACACGAGCCCAAAUGCCGAUGCGGGGGGCUUUAGCACCCCUGAGGAUGACUACAUCUCUCUCGGGCUCACUUUUGCCCAUUUGCACAACCUGCGAGUGUCAGACCCGUACAGCCCAGCCGGGAAGAUGGAGCUGAUUGGGAAGCUGUGCGGGCUUCAUGAGAACUACCGAAAGUGUCUCGGCAGAUUUUUGGCAGAGUAAGGUCGAGGGCUUCAAGUUCGUCACGACUAAUGAGUGGGCUGAUUCUCUAGGUGCUUCGGGCACGUUUGUGUGGAGUCCGUAAAUGUGACUAGCGAUUUGGAGGUCGAUGUUUCCGAGAGGGCGUCUCUGGCAGCGCCGAAGAAGGGCAUUCCGUGUGCCGCGCCUGCCCGGAAAAGGAAGAUGCAUCUUUUCUUGGCAAGCGGUCUUGAAGGUUUUGUCUGCGUGUAGGAAAACAAGGACGUCAAACGAAUAAUGAUGGAUUGUCCGUCAGGUCAAAUGUAAAAGGAUUACAUUGACGCUUUAUGUGCAACCUGUGCCAUCUGGUUGCUCUUCUCACAUAGUUCUCCAUGGCCUUUUUGUGAAUCAUUGGCUGCUUGUUGCGUAAAAUAUGAACCGGCGAUCAACAAAAACAUAGAAUACUCUAGG